AUGAAUCCAAACAAUCGAACAAAACUCGAAAUUUCAGUUAAAACUGUUGAGAAAAAAGAAGAUCGAAUAGUAUCUCCAUUUUCUCAUACUCUCGGUUUCAUCCGUUGGAAUUCCGCGUUUGUCAAUCGGAUUCCUUUAAUGGAAAGAUAUCGUCCAUUCUUCUAUGAACUACAUUAUUCCAUUCCGAAUUACACACCAAAAUUGAACUUAACCGUUGAUGGGUUAGUCUCCAUAUCUUUUCCUUAUAAAAUGGUUAGCGAAACAAUGACGAUUAUUUUGAAAGAGCAUCCGGAAAUCAACGGAAUUCUUUUCUUUCAUUUCGAUGCGUGGAUCAAUCCAUUCAAAUUUCACGAUAUGAAUUUUGACAACAUCUGGUUUCUUGACGGUCCAUUGCCUCCGCUACCGCGAGGCACAUUUCGUCUUUGGAUAAAUCCGAAAGAUAUUUAUCUGACUGUAAUUCAACAGAUGCAAGAUCAGUACACUCGAGACCAGAAAACAAAUAAACUCUCAGCAGCGGCUGACAAAGAUUGGAUAUUUAUAUUAACUAUACUGACCAUCGCACCACAACAUGGAUUACAAUCAAAGAUGCAAAAGCUCAAAUAA